UGUGUACUGAAGAGCGAGUAAGAAAUUAGGGUUUUGGUUGCGGUAUAAAACCCCCCGUCUUGCCGGCUCACCGGUUUGCGCAUUAGGGCUUUCGGAAGGAGGCGACGGACGGAAAGCCGACCACAUUUGCCGCCGAAACCCUGAAAAAUGCCAAAGCAAAUUCAUGAGAUUAAAGAUUUCCUUCUCACGGCAAGAAGGAAAGAUGCACGUUCUGUCAAAAUCAAGAGGAGCAAGGACAUUGUCAAGUUCAAAGUUCGAUGCUCCAAGUACCUCUACACACUGUGUGUGUUUGAUUCUGAGAAAGCAGACAAGUUGAAGCAAUCUCUGCCUCCAGGUUUGAAUGUGCAAGAAGUUUGAAGAUGAUGCUGAAACCUUUUAAGCAGUAGCCAAAAACAUUAUCUUGUUUUAUUUCCUUUUUAACUAAGAAGCUGCUUAUCUUCUUUAGCAUCAACUUCUUCAGAUGUGUGUUCUGAAUUUUGAAGAUAUUUUUAGUUCUUCAUUUUGUUAUCGUCGAGUCACUCCAAAAGAUGUCGGCAUAAUUUAUUCGCUAUUUGGAACGGGUUUGCUUCAGAUAUCAAGUUCAUGUCUGUGUUCUCACUUAGUUAUAAGAGAGCUGAUCUGGUGAAUUUCUAGCUCUUUUUGUUGGGUUUAAAUGACUGGACUAUAUUGUGUCCAACUACAUAAUUUCUUUGUUGGAAACCCUGUUAUAGAUCCUGGACAUGUCGAUGACCAUGGAAGUCAAAUAAGUGGCUGACCCACCUUGUGAGCCUUAAUCCAUCAAACUUAUGAUGACUGUAGAAGUGAACUUUGAUAAUCUAAUGGCGAACUGGUGGAAGUGUAGUCC